AUGUUGUCCACAGUCAACAAUUCGAAAAACCAGUCUAAGUGCUCGAUCCACCCCGUAACACAUAAAUUUAGGGAUCCCACUUGGGUACCAGGGAUGGUGGCUCAGAGAUCGAAUACACUAAGCGCUCAAUCCACCUAUAAAUUUAGGGUCCCACUUGG